CAGAAUGCCCCUAUCUGAAUUGGAUCAUGGGACUUUGGAAGAGAGAGAAAAAGAGAACGGGAAAUAAACAGGAGCAGGAUAGGGAGAGGAGUCCUAAGUCAAAAUGCCAAUAGGAGAGAGAAGCCUUCUUUCCAAAAAAAAAAAUUGAAAAUCGCCCGAUUCCGUUUCAGACCAACAGUUAGAAUUGAUAAGAAUCGUGAUCAGGGCUGCCGAGCCGAUUCUGAUCCGAAGAAAGCGAUUCAGCGAUUCAGCGAUUCAGCGAUUCAGAGAUUCAGAGAUUCAGCGAUUCAGCGAUUCACCAAACGUAAGGGGGAGAGGGAGUCGGUCAGGGUCGUUGCAGUCUUGAAGGAAUUAACUCGAACAUCGCUUUUUUUAUAUUGAUGGAUGUUUGGAAGCUUCGAGGAAUGGCUUAUUUCGGUCAGGGUUAGGGUUAGGGUUUCAGCAGAGAUGGAUGUCGAGUGCAUCGCAGAGAAGAUUUGCAGCUGUUUGGGGAAAUGGUGAUUUUGGAAGACUUGGAUUGGGCAGCUUGGAUUCUCACUGGGAGCCAGCCGUCUGCCCUGCUUUUGAGAAGGAAAGCCUUCGUGCCAUUUCCUGUGGCGGAGCUCACUCUCUUUUCUUAACAGAAACUGGGCGUGUUUAUGCUACGGGUCUCAAUGAUUUUGGACAACUAGGUAUAUCAGAUGAGAGAAGUUACACACUUGAGCCGGUUGAAGUUACAGGGCUGAACAAGGAUAUUAUACAAAUUUCUGCUGGUUAUCAUCAUUCUUCUGCUAUCACAGUGGAUGGGGAGCUAUACAUGUGGGGGAACAACUCAAGUGGGCAGCUUGGCCUUGGAAGAAGGACUGCAAAGAUAGUUCCUGAACCCACUAGGGUUGAAAGCUUAGCUGGAAUCAAUAUUAAAAUGAUUGCACUGGGUUCAGAGCACUCGAUUGCUGUUACAGAGGAAGGUGAAGCCUUAAGCUGGGGAGAAGGAGGGUCUGGAAGGCUUGGUCACGGUCAUCAAUCAAGCAUCUUAGGAUUUUUUAGCAGCAAAAGUGAAUAUACCCCAAGGCUUAUCAAGACACUUGAGGGGGUUAAGGUUAAAAAUGUUGCUGCCGGGAUGUUGCAUUCAGUCUGUAUUGACGAAAAUGGCUCUGUUUUUAUAUUUGAUGAACGAGCAAACAUUAAACUGGGCUUUGGAAAAGCAAAUAACACGUCACCAUCCAUUAUCAGCGAACUCCCAUUGUCUGAAGAAGUUGCAUGUGGUGGUUACCAUACAUGUGUUAUAACAACUGAUGGGGAGCUAUACACAUGGGGCUCGAAUGAGAAUGGCUGCCUUGGAAUCGGUUCCAUGGAUGUAGUCCACAGGCCUGAAAGAGUUGAAGGUCCAUUCUUGAAAUCUCCUGUAUGCAAGGUAUCUUGUGGUUGGAAGCACACUGCUGCAAUAUCUGGUGGGGAUAUUUUCACCUGGGGCUGGGGAGGUUCACAUGGAACAUUUUCAGUGGAUGGGCAUUCAUCAGGAGGACAACUGGGGCAAGGAAAUGAUGUUGACUACUUCAAUCCUACAAUGGUGAAUUUCGACAGGGGCGUGAGAGCAUUGGAAGUAUCUUGUGGGUUCAAUCACACAGGUGCAAUAUUUGAAUAUACCUGAAAGUUUCCCCAGAAAUAUAAGAACAGAUCGUUGAGCUGUCUCCUACUCUCAGAUGGUUUCCUUCAACCCAACCACCCUCAUUCAUUUAUUGAUGUCUGGAUAUGUUACACUGUACAUCCAUCUACAGUCAAAACUCAAAAGUAAUCAACCAAAAAUAUAUAAAUAAAGGGAUAAAUCAUAAAAUCUAUCACAAAAAUAAUUAAUAAAUAUAUUUUUUUUUGGGUAAAAACAAAAAUUAAUAUAUUACACCCCAGUGAUAAGGUUAGUUUAAUGGACUCUCCUCUUUUUUUUUUUUAUGACAAUGUAAUAAUUGUAUUUGAAGAAUAUUAUCCGAAGUUCUGUUUAUUUCUGGAAACCAUGCAAGACGGAGGAUUGUAUUAUUUCCAUUCGCCUUCAGUGUCUAUGGAUUCCCAUUUUGUAUUCUGCAAAGCUAGAAUACACUCAUGUGUCUUGUUCGAAUGUAUUUUUAGCUUAGUUUUCUGCUCUUCUAUUAA